CGGCCGCCUCGCGGCGGGGAAGGCUGGACUACUCCGGCAGCGGCUGCAGCGGCGUCUGGGGGAAGACUAUGGGGCCGCGCGCCUUCCUUGGGUGCGCAGCCAGCGGCGGCCCGGAACGUGCAGCCCCACUGCUGUAGGGAACGACGGUGGAGGAACGGUCGCCCCUCCCCGGGACCCACUCGUCUCGGCCCCUGCGCCGCAGGGCGACUGUCGGGAGCUCGGGGGCGUGGAAGAGCAGCUGUGUCCAGGACCAUGGAGAGAUCAGCGGCUGCAGGAGGAGGCAGUGCCAGGGCGCGCCGGUGGAUCCCGUGGCUGGGACUCUGCUUUUGGGCAGCUGGGGCUGCGGCUGCGCGAGGAUCUGAUAGCAGUGAAGUCCUGCCUGAUUCCAUCCCAUCAGCUCCGGGGACACUGCCCCAUUUCAUAGAGGAGCCAGAUGAUGCAUACAUCAUCAAGAGCAACCCAAUUGCACUCAGGUGCAAGGCCCGACCAGCUAUGCAGAUAUUCUUCAAAUGCAAUGGAGAGUGGGUCCAUCAGAAUGAACAUGUCUCCGAGGAGAGUCUGGACGAGAGUUCAGGCUUGAAGGUACGGGAAGUGUUCAUCAACGUCACCAGGCAGCAGGUGGAGGACUUCCAUGGGCCUGAGGACUACUGGUGCCAGUGUGUGGCCUGGAGCCACCUGGGCACCUCCAAGAGCAGGAAGGCCUCAGUACGCAUAGCCUACUUACGAAAAAAUUUUGAGCAAGAUCCUCAAGGAAGAGAGGUUCCCAUUGAAGGCAUGAUUGUGCUGCAUUGCCGCCCACCAGAGGGAGUCCCUGCAGCCGAGGUGGAGUGGCUGAAAAAUGAGGAGCCCAUUGACUCUGAGCAAGAUGAGAACAUCGACACCCGGGCUGACCAUAACCUCAUCAUCAGGCAGGCACGACUGUCUGACUCCGGGAACUACACGUGCAUGGCAGCCAACAUUGUGGCCAAGAGGAGGAGCCUGUCCGCCACCGUGGUGGUCUAUGUGAAUGGAGGCUGGUCUUCCUGGACAGAGUGGUCAGCCUGCAAUGUUCGCUGUGGUAGAGGAUGGCAGAAACGUUCCCGGACCUGCACCAACCCAGCUCCUCUCAAUGGUGGGGCGUUUUGUGAGGGAAUGUCAGUGCAGAAAAUAACCUGCACCUCCCUUUGUCCUGUGGAUGGGAGCUGGGAACUGUGGAGCGAAUGGUCGGUCUGCAGCCCCGAGUGUGAGCACCUGCGCAUCCGAGAGUGUACUGCACCUGCUCCAAGAAACGGGGGCAAAUUCUGUGAGGGUCUGAGCCAGGAGUCUGAAAACUGCACAGAUGGUCUCUGCAUUCUAGAUAAAAAACCUCUUCAUGAAAUAAAACCCCAAAGCAUUGAGAAUGCCAGCGACAUUGCUUUGUACUCGGGCUUGGGUGCUGCCGUCGUGGCUGUGGCCGUCCUGGUCAUUGGGGUCACCCUCUAUAGACGGAGCCAGAGUGACUAUGGCGUGGAUGUCAUCGACUCUUCUGCAUUGACAGGUGGCUUCCAGACCUUCAACUUCAAAACGGUCCGUCAAGGUAACUCGCUACUUUUAAAUUCUGCCAUGCAACCAGACCUGACCGUAAGCCGGACGUACAGCGGACCCAUCUGUCUGCAGGAUCCUCUGGAUAAGGAGCUCAUGACAGAGUCCUCACUCUUCAAUCCUCUGUCAGACAUCAAAGUCAAAGUCCAGAGCUCGUUCAUGGUCUCCUUGGGCGUGUCAGAGAGAGCGGAGUACCAUGGCAAGAAUCACUCAGGAACUUUUCCCCAUGGAAACAACCGGAGCUUUACUACAGUGCAUCCCAGAAACAAAGCUCCCUACAUCCAGAACCUGUCAUCUCUUCCCACCAGGACAGAGCUGAGGACCACUGGUGUGUUUGGCCAUUUAGGGGGACGCUUGGUCAUGCCCAAUACAGGUGUGAGUUUACUCAUACCACAUGGUGCCAUUCCAGAGGAGAAUUCUUGGGAGAUUUAUAUGUCCAUCAACCAAGGCGAACCCAGCCUGCAGUCAGAUGGGUCGGAGGUACUCCUGAGCCCUGAGGUCACCUGUGGCCCUCCAGAUAUGGUGGUCACCACUCCCUUCGCUCUGACCAUCCCGCACUGUGCUGACGUCAGCUCUGAGCACUGGAACAUCCACUUGAAGAAGCGAACACAGCAAGGCAAGUGGGAGGAAGUGAUGUCAGUGGAAGAUGAAUCUACAUCCUGCUACUGCCUUUUGGAUCCCUUUGCAUGUCAUGUGCUCCUAGAUAGCUUUGGGACAUAUGCCCUCACUGGUGAGCCCAUCACAGACUGUGCCGUAAAGCAGCUCAAAGUGGCGGUGUUUGGCUGCAUGUCCUGCAACUCCCUGGAUUACAAUUUGAGAGUUUACUGCGUGGACAACACACCUUGUGCAUUCCAGGAAGUGGUUUCCGAUGAGAGACAUCAAGGUGGGCAGCUCCUGGAGGAACCAAAGUUGCUGCAUUUCAAAGGGAACACCUUUAGCCUGCAAAUCUCCGUGUUGGAUAUCCCACCCUUCCUCUGGAGAAUUAAACCAUUCACCGCCUGCCAGGAAGUUCCAUUCUCCCGUGUGUGGAGCAGUAACCGGCAGCCCCUGCACUGUGCCUUCUCCCUUGAGCGCUACACACCCACCACUACCCAGCUGUCCUGCAAAAUCUGCAUCCGGCAGCUCAAAGGCCAUGAACAGAUCCUCCAAGUCCAGACAUCAAUCCUAGAGAGUGAAAGAGAAACCAUCACUUUCUUUGCACAAGAGGACAGCAAUUUCCCUGCACAGACUGGCCCCAAAGCCUUCAAAAUCCCCUACUCCAUCAGACAGAGGAUUUGUGCUACAUUCGAUACUCCUAACGCCAAAGGCAAGGACUGGCAGAUGUUAGCACAGAAAAACAGCAUCAACAGGAAUUUGUCUUAUUUUGCUACACAGAGUAGCCCAUCUGCUGUCAUUUUGAACCUGUGGGAAGCGCGUCAUCAACACGAUGGUGACCUCGACUCCCUGGCCUGUGCUCUCGAAGAAAUUGGAAGGACACACACGAAACUCUCUAACAUGACAGAAUCCCAGCUUGAUGAAGCCGACUUCAACUACAGCAGGCAAAAUGGACUCUAGUCCACCUCCUCUCCUGACACAGACUGCAGGCCAGCUUUGGGACCUUUGCUUACACAAGAAAAGUGAGGCCGUUUCUUGCCCAGUGGCUGGAUAAUUCAGGCUUCCUUUACAAUCAGUGAGAUUCUCUGAUUAAAGAAAGUGAAUUUUCAAUAGAAAGGACAUGUUACUAGGCAAGGAAAGGUACAAGCUUGCUUCGACUUAAGGAGGGCUCUUCAGUCCCUUCUGAAUCCACACUUGGGUUAGCACUAGGUGCACUCCUUGGGUUUGGUGUGGCAAGGAUAAAAGUGGGGACAUACCUAAAUGGAAUUAGCCAUGUGAAAAAAGAAUAAAAACACGUGAACUCAAUAAAGCUGAAAGGCAGAGAUGGAUCAAGUGCAUAUUGUGAAACAGGUUUUUAAUGAAGUGCCCCAAAGGGCUAGCUUGUUCUGCUACCAGAUUGUCAGUGUUGUCUACCAGCUGACAUCUGUGAUUUCAGAAAGCACUUGUUAAAACUAGCUUUCAGAAAUGAAACUUGGUUAGCAACCUAUUUGACUUCAGUCAUGUCAGUCAAGGCAUGUAGAAUAUAGGUCCAAGUGUACCACACCAGCAUCACUUUCUGGUCACUUUUAGACAUGUACUAAAAAUGAAAUCAAGAGGUAAAAUAGGCCACCAACUAGCUCUUGUAGAUUUCCCUGCCU